CCCAGCAGUUAAAAGCACUGGAAACAGCCUGCGAACUGAUGCCUGUGCCUGCCUCCUUUCAACGGUGCAAAGGGAGAUCCUGAGCCCAGAUGGCUGCUCGGCGGAUGACGCAGGAGUCUUUUGAUGCCCUCAUGCAAGUCAAGGCGAAACGGCAUCGUCUGGACAGGAGUGACCCCAUCGAUGAGGCCCUCCACCAGCUUAGAGUUCAUUCGCACCCAGCCCAGCGAACUCAGUACGAGGAUGAGGAUGGGGAUUUCCAUGAGGAGAGAAAGUACCUGCACAGUGACUGGAGGGGAGAAGCCCGAGAAGCCUCCAAUGAAGACUAUUCGGUGCCUCCCUAUCAGUCAGAGGAGGAGGUUACUACACACACACGCUCACGGAACCAAGAUUAUGUCCAGGCCCUUUCCCGUGACCCGGACUAUGGACGUUUGUCUUCCGCGGAAAGGGAGCUCGCCGGUCCAUCAACCAGGGAGCGGAGUUACGGUCGCCUGGCCUCGGAAAGGGACUAUGGCCGUGUCUCCUCCCGAGAGACCUCCAGGCUCCAUGAUGCUGACUACAGUUCAGCAGAGCUGUUGAGUGGCUUCCAUUCUCCAGGGCUAUUGGAAGAGGAGUUUGGGACUGUGAGGAGUCAGGAUUACAACCUGGAGUAUGGCCUGCAGGCUGAGAGAGAGUUUGCCCCCUCUUUAUAUGCGGGGAGUGACCUGACGGCGAAGCACAUCCUGGCACCAAAGGGCCUGGUCAAAAGCAAGACAGAUGCGGUCCUCCCCAUGAAGAAAUUCCAGGCUUUGUCCUCACACGACCUGCUGGGGGAGCCCGCUGAUCCCUCCAAGAGGGGGGCCUUCCCCGCUCAGCACCUGCAGCUUGGCCAGCGGCCAUCCCUGUCCCUGAGGGGCACCCUGCAGUAUGACAAACCGGAAACCAUGAGGAAAGAGCCGCAGCUGGCCCUUAGCGGACCGCUGGAUGUUUUCACCACCUUUGGUGUGGAGAUCAUCAACUGGGCUGGCUUCCACAAGAUUAAGAAGGAUCUGGAGUACAUGGAAAUGUACCGCGUCCUCUUCAAGCUGGAGAGCGAGACGUGUGCCAAGAUGCUGGCCUCCUUCAAGUGCUCGCUGAAGAUGGAGCACCAGGACUUCUGCUAUUCCAUUGUGCGGACUCUGCAACACCCGGCGCUGCAGACACCCAAAGUGGACGGCCAGUUCUUGAACCUGCUCCUGGAAAAGAAGCUGGUGGCAACCAAGAAUGGCUUCUUCCAGCUCAUCAAACCUUUUGACCGGUACAUGAUGCACCUCCAGGCCUGCCUCCUGAAGAGCACCGUCCCACUCCUGAUGGCCUGCAAUGCCUAUGAGCUGGGCUUGAAAGCCAGCAGCUUCAGCGACCCGGGGCAGAUGGCGGGCUUUGAGACCACUGCCUCCCUCUGCCGGAAGUCCCUGGUGCUCCUCGGCCAGACCUUCGCCCUGGCCUCCUCCUUCGGCAGGAGAAGAUCCUGGAGGCCAUUGGGCCUGAAGGAGGUAGCCCCUCUGCCCAUCUUGUUCCCCAAUUUUGACACCUCGGCCUUGUUUGGGAGGGAGUACAUUGAACACCUGCAGGGCUGGCUGGAGAAAAGCGGGUACCAGAUGCAGCUGAAGAGGCCAAGUGCGGAGACCCCGAGCCCACAGGUUCCACAACGUGCUGACCGGAAGGUCACCGAGACGAUCGAGAAGAUGGUGGAUGGCAUCAUUUCUGGCACUCUGAAAAUGGAAGAGAGAGCUCAGUUGGACAACCCAGAGUACUGGUAAAUAUCUUCUGAGGACAGCCUGGAGCACAAAUAUUACAAGCUCAAGCUGUCCGAGAUGUAUUGGUUGAAGUCGGCAGCCAAGGAGAAGCCCAAGCAGGAGAAGACCCCUGAGCUGCAGGAUUUGGCUGUCGUGCGGGCCUUGCUGCGCGCCCGCAAGGUCCUCCACAUCAAGAAGCGGCUCUUCUGGAAGAGGAGGCCCAGGAUACUUCAGCGGCGGGUGGUGAGAGCCCAGAGGCUGAAGCGGGCUACCGUGGGGACCAGACGCUCCUGUCCACGGGACAAUGCUCAAGCAGCAGCACCUGCUGGAGAGCCCAAAGCCCACCCAGCAGAGACCUCCUUGGAAAAGGCGGGAGUCUGCGACUCAGCCACCGACCCAGAAGGUGCGCCCAGGGAAGGUUUGGGUGCUGGAAGCUUGAUUGGGCUAGCAUGCCAGUUCUCUGACGUGGAUCCCAAAACGAUGGUGACAGCAGAGAGGCUGGCCAAGCUUGUGGCGGAAGUAGGACCCGAGAUCGAGCAGUUCAGCAUUGACAACAGCACAGAUAACCUGGAUCUAUGGUUCCUGCAUGACCGUGAGAGCUCGGCCUUCAGGUUUUACCGGAUGAAAGUCCACGAGCUGUGCCCCUCCAUCAACUUCAGUGCCUUCCCAGGGCCUUCCAGUGAGAGCCCUGCACCAGAGAACAAUGAGGAGGAGGGAGGAGGAAGAGGAAGAAGAAGAAGAGAAGCUCCCCAGUCUGGAAUGGAAGAAGAGGAAGCUCAAGCAGGCUCUGCCAACGUGGGAGCCUCAAGUACAGCUGGAGAAGGGCAGCCUGAGGGCACUACCUCAGAAGCAUCUGCCCAGGGUCCUCUGCGGGGCAGUGCCUUUGGGCGCAAGAGGGCCAGCAGCAGGUCCUUGAAGGUGGGCCUGAUCCCAGCCUCCAAAAGGGUCUGUCUCAUCGAUGAACCGAAAGUCCACGACCCCGUCCGGAUUGCGUAUGACCGACCCUGCGGCUAUCAGUCCCACAAAAAUAAGUGGCAGAAAUCAAAGGAUUUGGAGUUUUCCCACAAGCGGCUGAACCAGAAGAACAUUGGCUUCCAGAUGCUGCAGAAAAUGGGCUGGAAGGAAGGUCUUGGGCUUGGUGCCCAUGGAAAGGGCAUCAAGGACCCCGUCAAAGUGGGCUCCACCUCAGCGGGGGAGGGCUUGGGUGUGGUGGGGGAUGAGAACAAGGAGGACACCUUUGCCACCUUCCGCCAGAUGAUCCAGAUGUACUAUCUGAAAAAAGCCUGUAAUAAAUAGAAUGAGCUUUGAACCAAAGAAGCGAAGAUCAUUGUGCUGGAGAGAGGUCUGGAGAGAGAACAGGCCAUCUUCUGAGAACCCCCACCCCUUUUAAAUUUGGAGCAAUUAGAAGAGCAAAUUGCUCUUAAGAAUCAGUAAUCUAAACAAAUCAAAACAAACAUUGCCAUUCUUUGGAUGCAGGAACGGCUGGGUCUACUUUUUGAUCAAAUCUCUUAACGAGAACCUAGGACGUCAGGCUCCCCCCCCCCACUGACGCAAGGCCAACUUGCGUACAACCACGUGUGCAUGCAGUCCCGGGAAAUAAUAAAUCAAUUGGCUGCUCCUACCUGCGGCUCAGAUCCCCACUCCGAGUGCUGUGGGGCACAUGUCCACACACACACACACCAGCCUGGUCCUGGCUGCAGCAACAAACCCAAGGUGUGAGCGGGCAGAGGGAGGGGACUGGAGCACAUGGGAUCAACGUUUGGGCACUGCACUGCUGGGUCCGAAAGCACCUCUUGAGGGCACCCUAGAGGAUGGGCAACUCAGUGCCCCACUAGCUGUGCGGCCCUGAACCAGUGGGUGAGGCACAAAUCCAUCUCCCAACAAGGCAGGGUCAGUGCUCAGAGGAGAAAAGGAGUGGCAGGGGGAGAGUGUGAGUAGCUGAGCUGAUCGGGGCGCCGUGGGUGAAAGCAGUAAGGGGAGGGGAGGAGGAAAUCAAAGGAAGUGAACAACUGUGGCCUGGAAGUCUCUCAGGACUGCUACCCGGGAGGGAAGAGACGGAAGGCUCAGGGCAGCAGCCCCAAGCGAGAGAAGGCAGCAGCCCCAUCGACGCAUGUGAGUCUGUCUCUUCCCUGUGUGCCCUCCCUAUUAAAGCAGCAUGCCCCCCACUUUACACAAUUUCACUUCUGCAUGUGGGGGCCCCAGAGCAUAACCCCUGCAUAGGUGUGUGGGGGGGUGCCUGUAUCCAUUCCAGACAGGACAAAAAAAUGGACUGUCCUCUAUGUGGACUAUGUGAUCGUCCUGCCUUCCGCAAGAUUCAGAAAUUCCACCUUUACACAAUUUGAUGUAUUUUCUUUUUAACUACUUGUUCGAUUUAUUGAACCAUCGCUUUGUUUGCUUUAAAUAAAAUACAAACAGUAUGUAGAAACUGAUACCAUGUAGGGCAGAUACAAUAUCACUUUUGUUUCUGAGGUCUGUGUUAUCAACGAUCAGUGCCAAUGCCAGGCAUGCAGGAUUUUGCUUGGCCUGCAUUUCAGUCUUCUUUAACAGUCUUGGUUACCUUUUCCUUUGCAAGGAACCUUAGUGCUGUUUUCUUGCAGGAAGGUCUCUGGAUAGCUUUUUUUGUGGGGGGUACAAGGUUGUCUGAAAUUUGGGAUUCACUCCAUUGCUGAAUAGGACCCCUCUAGAAUGUGCAUGAACUCUACUUACAAACCGACCAUCUCGACAGCACCCGAUUUGAAUUUGACAGUGCUUUCUGAAUGAUGAGUGUCCACAUACUCUCUUUAAUCCAUUUUCCCUCUGGAGUUCUCCAAUAACGAUUUGCAACCCAGCCUCUCCCGGCUUUUCCGCAAAAGGCUACUUCAUCUUGGUGACCGGACACAAACUAGUUGUUAACUCUGAAACAUUCUGUCCAUUGUGGACCUUGGUUUCUAACAGUCACCCAUUUGUGGUGGGGGUCUUGUGAUGUGCAGGAUCAUUUGCACCUCCUUCCCCCUUCAUAGCCAAAGUGGACUUUUCAGUGGGAAACCACCCUCCACUCUGGUUUGGUGCAUUCCUUCCCGCUCAGAACAAGCUUUUCUGCCCCACGAAACUCCGAAUCAAAGAGUGUGGUGUUGAAGUCAGCUUGAGCUUCAUGCUGUCAUCAGGCGCAUGCGAUGGGGAACUUCUUUCUCUGCCUUUCUGAGAAAUGCAAGAGUCGUUCAUGGGAAUCGGUGGGACUCUUGCCGUUUGAGCCAGGAAGUUUGCUGAUAGCAAGAUGUUGAAGAACCCUACGAGACCCCCUUCCUUCGGCCUGCAGGAUCCAGUUCUGUCAAGCUGAAGCUGCCACAAGGGUCUGGCCACCGUCCUGUUAAAACCACCCUCUUACUUAAUUUCUAGGGGAGUUUUGGUUUCUCUUUCAUAAUUGAGCGUUGCAUUUUUUAUUUUAUUUUUUAAAUGGCUCUCACCCCAACCUGGCCUUUUGGCCUUCUGUGAGUCAGAUUGCUGAUUCCCCUGGCCCUAAAUGGGUUGUAGCUGUUUGGAUAGCCCAUUUUCUUUGAUGUGAAGCUUCUGUGUUCAGCCACAGUUUUGUUUUUCACCCCACCCCAUAUUUACAGCCAACUCUUGUGUCUUUCGAGUUGCUAGAACCUUUUUUCGUUUUCUCUUGCAUUUUGUGGGAGUGGUGGGUUGCUCUCUUCCAGCUGAUUCUGUUGCCUUUGUGGCUUGAACCCAAUUCUUGGGGUCAACUUAGGAAUGUUCAUAUCCAGGCUGGGGGAAUAAAUAGCUGUGUGUUUAAACCCAAUUUUGGUGGAGUGGUCCUGCUGAUUCUGGACUCUACAAAGCUGCAGGAGUACAUAGCAAACUUUGAUUUUUUUAUUUAAAGAUGGAACACUGUUUUUCUUGGGAUGGGGCCAAAGAGGAUUUUAAUCUUCUCCAACCCUUCAAGAUAACCAUGAUUACAGCCAGUCUUCUUUUAUGCUAAUAUUUGUUUUAGGACAGCAUUGAACUGAGCAACACUGGUGUUAUUUAAAUUCCCAUUGUUGCUUUCGCCCAAGGAUCUUUUGGGGUUAUUUUAAAACCAAGAUUCGCUCCUUUCCUGUGUGUGACAUCUUCUAACAGUCUGCUUUUCACUGGGCAACUUCCGGGGAACAUCUUUAAUGGGUCUGCAAAAAUAUUUUCAAAUGUAGAGCAAAAUUGGCCACUUGGUAGCCAGUUUGAUUCACUGGGUUCCCCCCCCCCAUUCUAGUUUCCAGGCUCUUUCACGAAGACCACAAGCAUCCAUGAACACUUUCCUGCUGCAGUCACUAGGGCAUGUGUAUUCUUUAUCCUGUGUCUCUCCCCCAACCCUCCGUUUGGGGAUGGUGUUUUUUCAGUGGCUCUUGAUAAGGAUUCCCCACCCCUUCUCCCUUUACUGUGUCACCUGAACAGUAUUGACCCAUAGUGGAAAGAGAAGUUUGUUAGCUGAUUCAUCAUUUCUUUUUUAAAUGUUUAACGGCAUGUAAUCCUUUUGCUUUAUUUUAUUUUUUAACAAAAAAGCCUUCAAUAAACAUGAACCUGAUUAUUAGCCUCA